AUGAGUACUUCGGCCACGUCAAUCUUCCUUCCAACCACAAACAGCCAGGUUCAUGGGACUAAUCAGACCGGGGCUGUGGGAAAGACAGAGCCAUCCUAUGCUGUCCUCAAGUUCAUGGAGAGCUUCUGCCUCAUCAGUGCUGCCUGUGGCAUGGUAGGAAAUGGUAUGGUGCUGUGGUACCUUGGUUUCCGCAUCCGGAGAAACCACUUCACAGUCUACAUCCUGAACCUGGCCGCUGCCGACUUCGGGUACCUCCUCUGCAUUGCCAUAGAGACGGUUCAGUACCUGAUGCAGUUCAAUGUAGGGGUGCAGUUUGGGAUAUUCCUCUUCCUGGAUCUUUUCAUGUAUGGGACUGGCUUGUACCUCCUGACUGCCAUCAGCAUCGAGAGGUGCCUGUCUGUGCUUUGUCCCAUCUGGUGCCGAAGCCACCGCCCGAAGCACUUGUCUGCCAUCAUCUCUGGCCUGCUCUGGGGUAUCUCCUUGCUGUUGAACACUCUUGGGUAUGUUCUGUGUUCUGUGCACCGCUCUGCUGGGACCUGCCAGAUCCUGCUCAUCACCAUUGGAGCCUUGGACUUCAUCUUCUGCACGCCCCUAAUGCUGCUCUUCAGCCUCACCCUCUUCCUUAGAGUCAAGUGCAGCUCCCAACAUCUCCGAACAGGCAGGCUCUUCACUGUCAUCAUGCUCACAGUCCUCUUCUUCCUCAUUUUUGCUGUGCCUCUGAGCGUCCUGAUCCUCUUAGACUUCUUGGGCUACAAAUUCCUCUACUCCCCAGAGAUCGGUUUUGUGCUGUCCUGUGUGAAUAGCACCCUCAACCCUGUCAUUUACUUCCUGGUGGGGAGCUACAGGGAUCGGAGAAUUAAGUUUACCCUCAGGCUGGCGUUCCAGAGGGCCUUUGAAGAUUCAGCAGAUGACAAAGAUGAACAGGAAACCCAUGACACAAUUACUAUGUCUUCCUAA